AUGGACGGACCCCGAACGCCGCGAGAUGAAAGGAGGCGAGCGCAGCAUAAUGAAGUUGAAAGACGGAGAAGAGACAAGAUUAACAACUGGAUCGUGACUUUGUCCAAGAUCAUCCCCGACUGCACCGUGGACACCACCAAGACCGGAGCAAGCAAAGGUGGAAUCCUGUCCAAAGCCUGCGACUACAUCCAGGAGCUAAGGCAGAGCAACCAGCGGCUGCAGGAGGCGCUGAAGGAGGUGCAGAGGAUCCAGGGGGAGACCGAGCUCUGCAGGCGCCAGAUUGAGGAGCUGAAGAAUGAGAACGUUUUGCUGCGAACACAACUUCAGCAGCGCGGCGUCGAUGCAGCGACAGAGACGGCUCCUCAGUGA